AUGAAAGGAAGACAGGGAAUUUGUGGCACGGGUUCAGCUGUUCGAAAACUGGUUGCUGAUCUGGAAGCUUGGUUUCUUUUGGAGGCUUCGCCGGGUUUGAUCAUCGAGUUCCGUGCAAGAGGAACUGUCCAGCCGGGCGAACCCGCUCCCGACUUCAAGUUGCCUGCCAGCACCGGGGGUGAGCUCUCUUUGAAAGAGCUCCUCGAAGGCAACGAGUAUCUGGUGAUGUUUUUCCGUCCCUCCAGUCGCUUCAGAGGUGGAGGCCUGGAGGAGGUCAAGUACUUCAAUCGAGCGCAGAAAGCUCUCGCAGAAAGAGGAGCGACCGUCGUCGGGAUACAGCGGGAGCCGCUCAAGGCGCUCCAAACGCAGUCGAAGGGCCUGGACCUAAACUUCCCUUUGCUCUGCGAUGUGAAGGGGGAGGUUGCGAAACUCUACGGGGCCUAUAUCGAGCUGGAAGAGCAAGGUCCUAACACAGACCGAAAGACUUUCAUCAUAGGCAAGGACGGCUUCGUCAAGACCGCUUUCGUCGCUGUCGGGUACGACGCUGACAAGUUUGCGCUUCAAAACCACGUGGCAGAUGUGGUUCGUGUUCUGGGCCCGAAGCUUGGCCUUUCCAAUCCUUCCCGAACAGUUUGCUGCAAUUUGGAUGCGAGACGUCUCGGAAACACCAAUUCCCAGUCGCGAGCUGCGGCAGACCGUAUCCAGCAAGCAAGACUUCACCCUUUCUUGUGCUGCAAAUCUAGCUCAACAUCGUGA